AUAUACACUUGUAAGCGGAACUGUGGCGUUAUGGUUUGCACACCGCCAUUAAAACUCAAAAAAAUAUGUGGCGUGAAUACGUUUGAAUUUAGCAGCCAAUGUGGGCCUGCUUGCUGAGAUGUAGAAACAUCAAGAACACGAUUAUCUAGUUACUAUUUCACUUAAAAAUGGAAGAGAUACGUCCACUGUUGAGCAAUCAGCCUUGGGAGGGCUCAGAUCUCCCAUCCCCAAACCUGAGACCAAGGCACCAGGAACUGAUCCCAACGCCAUGUGGCCCGAUAAAGCCUUGGUCAGAGCUGUCAUGCUUGGUGAAGCUUUACUUCUGCUUCACCAUCGCCUCUCUACUGGCACUAUUGGCCCUCACACUGACAAACAUCUACAGGCAAAGCAUGGCAACGUACAGCUAUGAGGACGACUUCACUGUAUCUCUCAUCCAACUGGUUGGAAUUUUGUUCUGCAUAUACUACAUCACCAGGGGAAUCCUGCAGGAGAACAGGCAGGAGUUGAUAGUGUUUGUCCUCAGUGUGUUGGUGGUCAUGAUGCGCUCUGUGGUCAACUUCAUGGUGCUCCCUCUCCAGGAUAGAAAGGACCUGCUUCUGGUGCGGUUUGUGUGCAUCCUGUGUGUGGGCGUGGUCCAUGUCCUGUGCGCCACUCUGCUCAUCCAAAGGCCCAACAUGAUGGCCUUCCGGGUGGGCGGAGCUCUGGAGAGCUUCCAGGAGCAGUACUUCCUGAUCAACCUGUGCUUCUCCAUGGUCACCUUUGACCUACAGGCCCAGCUGUGCCUUUGCAUACUGAUUAUGACGUCAGGUACAACUAUGUCCUUCACGAACAGCAUCAUCCUGGGCUUUGGAGUGGUCUGGGCCUGCCUUACCGCAGCCAUGGGGGCUAUCGCAGUUUUAAAAGAAACCAAGCCGCUGGUUUGGGUCUUUGUUCUUCUUAAUGUGCCGGAGGUGGCCUACUUCGUGUACCUGAUGUACAGGAUCAGUGUACACUGGGGGCAGGAUAAGACGUAUACACUGGAGGCCGCUGCUGUGACUGGAGCGGGGAUCUCAGUGCUGAUCAAAGGCGUGCUUUUCUGGUCUCUCUUCCGAUUGGCGCGCAGCUUCGGCCAGGGCCUGAGGGAGAGGAUGUUUUCAUCGGACAAGCAGUAAAGUGCCGUCAUGAGAAGGAAGUGGCUACGGUUACACAGGAUGGAUAAGCAACAAUUUCUACAUUUUGUAACAACUCUCUGGCUCUGACCAAUGUUUGAAGUUAGGAACUAGAGGGAAAUGCACUCAAAUGGGCAUUGGACCGGUCUGUUUUUACUGAAGAUGAUUUCACUGCAAGUGCCUUCGGAAAGUAUUUAGACCCCUUUACUUUCCCACAUUUUGUUACAGCCUUAUUCUAAAAUGGGUGAAAUAAAAAAAUAAAAAUCCUCAGCAAUCUACACACAAUACCCCAUAAUGACAAAGUGUAAACAGGUUUUUAGAAAUGUUUGCUCAUUUAUAAAAAAUAAACAUCUUAUUUACAUAAAUAUUCAGACCCUUUUCUAUAAGACUCGAAAUUUAGUUCAGAUGCGUCCUGUUUCCAUUGAUCAACCUUGAUGUUUUGACAACUAGAUUGGAGUCCACAUGUGGUAAAUUUGGAUAUGGAAAGGCACAUGCCUGUCUAGAUAAGGUCCCACAGUUGACAGAGCAAAAACCAAGCCAUGAGGUCGAAAAAAUUGUCUGUACAGCUCCGAGACAGGACUGUGUUGAGACACAGAUCUGGGGAAGGGUACCAAAAAAUGUCUGCA